AGUUUUCUUCCUUGAGAGACUAUCCAAGGCACCGUGAUAGAAUCAUCUACUUCUUCUUCAGCUACCUGCAGGUCAGUGGAUUACUUAGGGUAUCUUGGGAGAAAGGCUGGUGGUCUGGCCCUUUGAGGAGUUCACGAUUGGAAGGAAAAAUGUUGGAGAAACCUCAGGUCAUGAACCCUUCGAGAGCUCCAAAUACGACCCUUGAUAGAAAGGGGAAAAGUACAGCCCAGCCGUUCUCUAGGCUGUGGAUAGUCUUUGACUCAACUCUGUUCCAAAUGACCUUGGUGGCUGCUCUACUGGCUAGUGUUCUCGGUGAUUGUGGUCCCCCACCCCAUUUACAGUUUGCUUUUCCCGAAAAUGAGUUGAAUGAGACAAACUACAAAUCUGGAACUGCUCUGAAAUACAACUGCCGCCCAGGAUACACUAGGACCAGUUCAAGAAAUACUUAUCUUAUCUGUGACAAAAAAGGCAAAUGGGAAUACUAUUUUUUCUGUGUCAAGAAAGUGUGCAGCAACCCAGGAGAAUUACGUAAUGGGCGAGUGAUCAUUAAGACAGAUUACUCUUUUGGAUCACAUAUAGAAUUCAACUGUUUAGAAGGAUAUAUCUUAGUGGGCCCAACCACUAGUCAUUGUGAGCUCCAAGAUAAAACAGUUGGCUGGAGUAAUUCUUUCCCGGAAUGUGUAAUUGCCCAAUGUGAGUCCCCUCCAGACAUCAGCAAUGGGAAGUACAGUGGUGGAAGUGAAGAUGUCUAUACAUAUGGCUCUUCGGUCACCUACAGCUGUGACCCCAGCUUCUCAAUGUUAGGUGAAGCUUCCAUUUCCUGCACAGUGGUGAAUAAAACACAAGGCGUCUGGAGCCCCAGCCCUCCUACUUGUAAAAGAAUCAGCUGUCCUAAGCCAGAUGUUAAAAAUGGAAAGAUACUCGUUGGAUUUGGACCCAACUAUAAGUACAAAGACUCUAUUUCAUUUGGCUGCAAUAAAGGUUUUAUCCUCAAAGGCAGCAAUUUAAUCCAUUGUGGAGCUGAUAACAACUGGCAUCCAACUCCUCCCAUCUGUGAGAUCAAUAGUUGUACUGACUUGCCAGAUAUCCCACACUCUUCCUGGGAAAUACAUGGCUACCACAGACCAACGAAAGGUGAAAUGUAUGAAGUUGGAACUGUACUGAGGUACCGCUGUCAUCCUGGCUAUAAACCAGCUGGAAAUAAGCCCAUGACUGUGGCUUGUCAGAGAAAUUUUAGCUGGACCCCAUAUACAGAAUGUGAGGAGGUAUGUUGCCCAGUACCAGACCUAAAGAAUGGCAGAAUCACUACCCAGAAAAAGAAAAGUUUGGCCAGUAACUGUGAAUAUUUCUAUGGGGACUCGCUUUGGUAUUCAUGUAGUGGGAGACGAAGUGUUGAAGCUUCCUGCCAAGGAGAUGGCACCUGGAGUCCUGAUACACCAACAUGUGAUGAGAGUUGUGCUUAUCCUCCUUAUAUUGACCACGGACAUUUUAUACGAAUACCUUCAUACUUAUUCCAACCUAAGGAAGUUAAAUAUGAAUGUGAUGAAGGAUACACUCUGGUUGGAGAGGCCAUACUCUCCUGCAGUAGUUCACGCUGGUCAGCUCCGGCUCCUCAAUGUAAAGCUCUGUGUCCAAAACCAGAGAUAGAGCACGGAAAGGUGUUUGGGGAUAAGGAUCAAUUUGUUGAAUCUGAAAAUGUCACCAUCGAGUGUACUUCUGGCUAUACUGUGGUCGGUCCCCAAAAUAUCACCUGCUUAGAGAACCAUACCUGGUAUCCAGAGGUGCCCAAGUGUGAGUGGGAGUUCCCUUCAGGCUGUGAGCAAGUUCAAGCAGGCAGAAAACUCAUGCAGUGUCUCCCGAGACCGGAGGAUGUGAGAAUGGCCCUGGAAUUGUAUAAAUUGUCUUUAGAAAUUGAACUCCUGGAACGAGAGACAGAGAAGGAGAGGAAAUGACUCUGGAGUCAUCACUGUAAUUGUUCCCAGAAGAGGGAGAAAAAAGUGCCUUGCUGCCUUCAAUUCAAUAUGGAUCACUCUAGUCUAGCAACCCUACCAUCCCACUGACACCAACAUUCAUUGUAAUAAAUACCUAGAAUGGCUAAUUUGCUAAUGUUUUUGCUAGUCCUUUGAGAUUAUAGAAUUAUUGAUUAUCUUGUGGCUUAUAUUUUUGCUUUUUUGGACACUAAUUGCACAUUUUUUCAUUAAAAUUUCAUUAUCAAACACAA